AUGAAGGCAUCGAGAAGUUCGCGUGUUGCUUCUCAGAAGCAGAAAGCGCACUCACCAACCCCAAUUCGCUCCCUUCGAAAAACUCCCGCUCGUCGUAUUGACACGAGAGAAUCUGCCAAACCGAAGUCACCUGCUGAUAAGCAUCCGAGACCAAGGCCGUCGCGAUCAGCACGUGUUCGAAAGAAAUCAAAGGUGGCCGACAAGGACGAGAGCCAAUCAGAAUCCCCCAAAGUGCUACGUUCCUCCACGAGGUCGAGAUCAAUUCGAUUGCCAAAGGAGCAGGCGACAACUCCUUCAGAAUCGACAACAGCGAGAAGAGCGUCUACGAAGCGCGGCAAGAAGGCGUCGGCGGGAAACACGACCGACGAGGAUCCCUACGACCUGAGCACCGAUGAAAACGAGUCGCCGACAAGCUCGUCCGGUGCCCGCGCCGUCUCACCUGCGGCCCCAAGUCAGGCGACGGAGCCUGUCUCGAAGAUGCGAAAGUUCUUCCAGACACGGGGCGAAGGCCUAGCCAAGCGCACGGCCCUCAGCGCCUUCGAUUUGCUGCGUCGGAAGCUCUGUGGAGUUGGAGGCAAGGGUCAGGUGGCGAAGGUGAGCUUGUUUGGUGAUUUCCACCCUGUUCACGAGCAGAUCCCCUCGUCAGACUGCACGCAACGAAGAAGUCUGUGCUUAGUUUCUUAG